GACCACUUUCUCUAUAAAUUGGGACCCCCUCUCUUCCUUUUUACACACACAAACACAAUUCUCUCCCUUCCUCUUGCAUAUUUCUCCUCCUUUACAACUUUUUUUUUCAGAUUUCUUCAUCACCAUGGGGAAAGACAAGAGCAGGGCAGACACUUCCGGAAAAUCCAAGUCCAAAUCCCAGGCUCCAUCCACGACCUCCGAGGAACGCCUCUACUACGGCGAUGGGUCGUACCUCUGGUUCGAUUCCGAGGAGGAGCGCACCCGAUUUCUACCCUUCUUCUCUAAACGGGUUGUGGCUCCCCCACGAAUCAUCCCGGAGCGUUACCCGGAGUUGCAGGGCUACGACGACCUCGACGCGCAGCUUCAUCAAGCCGGCCUUUGGCCGUUCGUCUCCCGGGCACGAAAGGAGAUCAACCCGGUGCUGAUCCGGGCCUUCUACUCCAACCUCCGGCGUGAGGACGACGCGAAAUUUGUCAUGAUCAACAUGACGAUCGCCACCUCCACCGAGCACGACCACCUCCUCCUGUACCCGUUUUUGGUGAUGGACAUCCUUGAACGGUUCAAGGUAACCACCACCGUUGGCCCGCUCACGAAGGCCACGAAGCUUUGGACAAUCAGCAACCAAACCUUCAUCAAGCGGUCGGACAACGCCGCGCCUGCCACUGUCGCGCCACGCCGCACUGCCUCUACCGCUGGCCCAGCCGAACCCCUGGCCCGGGCCAACCUCGCCUCCGUCGCCGACUCCCUCAACUGGCUCCACCUCAAAGUUGACGGGAUGAGGAGCUACCUUGAACGGCUCGACGUGGCUGUUCAACGCCAAGGGUACGCCAUGAACGCGUACUUCCAAGGCAUCAACUACGUCCCUCCACCACUUCACGGCACCUUUCUCUGGGAAGUCUACGGUGAUGAAGACGAAGAGGAUGAGUCCUUCUCCCAGUCAAGCUCCCCGGACGAGGAUCAGUUUGACGAUGCCAUUGAUGGUGAUGAGAUGGACGUCGACGACGACGACGAGGAAACCGAAGACGAAGCCUAGGACUCCCCUAGAUUUUCUAUCUCUUCUCCUUUAAUAAUCAUGUCUUUUAUUCUUGCUUCCGUUGUACUCCGCUAUUUCCUUUAUUAAAUAAAAUCACCUUGUCUAU